AUGGCUGAAGCAAAUGGCCUUGAGAGACUUAAAGCAAUGAGAAGUUUAUUAAAGAGUGAAAUGGAGAAAUCAGAAACUUUUUCAUUGGUUUUAAACAAGACAGGAUCAAAGCUUGAAGAGAUCAAUCACAAGUUGUUGUCUUUAGAAGCUGAUGUUAAAGUAGAGAAAUGGAGAUCUUCUCCUUUCUCUGAUCAUAUCCGUCACACCGUUGCUCCGGUAUCCGCUGUUUUAAGAGUCUUUGCUUCGGUUCAAGAACUCGAAAGAUCUCUGGAGCCCUUCAAUGGAGUUCUUGGUUAUGUUGCGGAUGUUAAACGUCUUGAAGAAGUUAUGAAGCUUCUCUCUAGUAGCUGUGUUCUUGCUCUUAAUUGGCUUGAAGAUACAAUUGAGUUUCUUACCGAAAACGGUAUGCCUGAAGAUCAUCCUUGCGGUUUACGGUUCAAGACUUCGAUAGAGCUUCUGCGGGAACUUCAAAUGACCGAGGCUCGUGCUUAUCUCAAAGGAGGGAGUCUUUACACCGCGCUGAAGAAUCUCGAAAGAGAAUUCGAGCGGAUUCUUGAAGACGAUGGGGAAGAGGUUUUGUCUGAAGCAAAUGUGAGAAAGCUUCAAGCUAUCAUCAAGAGAUUAGAUGCUCACACACAGUUAACAAAAUGUGUAUCUGUUUACAUCAAGAUCCGAACUACGGUCAUUCAGAAACGGUUUAAGAUCGGUUAUCUCGAGAAAACAAUCACGGAAGCUGAUAAUGUACAUGAUCUUGAAGGUGAUAUAGAUCAAUGGAGAUUGCAUAUGGAGAUAGCUGUGAAAGAGAUCUAUGAGUUUGAGAGUAAGCUCUGUUCCGAAGUAUUCGAAGAAGAAAAUGUUCGAUUGCGUUGCUUUGGAGCAAUAGCUUCAAAUUCAAGAAUCAUUCCACUUCUCAGAUUUGGAUCAAGAAUCAGCAAAUGCAAGAAAGAUCCACCAAAGUUGUUAAAGCUCUUAGAUUGUUUCUCUACGAUGGACAACAUUCGGAUCGAGUUUAACCGGUUAUUUAGUGGCGAACCGUGUUCAGAGAUACGCGUAGUUACGCGUGAGCUAAUUAGCAAUCUUGUUAAUGGUGUUUGUGAGAUCUUCUGGGAGUUACCUUGUCAAGUGGAGUUACAAAGAUCAAAUUGUCCUCCUCUUGAUGAUGGUGUCCCCAAGCUUGUGAGUGUUGUGACUGAGUAUUGCAACAAGCUACUUGAGAACAACAACAAACCGAUCUUGUCGAAGAUUCUCGAGAUUGAUUUAGGCUGGAAAAACGAAAAGUAUCAAGAAGAGCUUCUCACUGGUCACAUCUACAACAUUUUGAGAGAGAUUGCUUUGAAUUUGGAUGCAUGGUCAAGUUCCAACAAAGAAACAGCUCUUUCUUGCAUCUUUAUGAUGAACAAUCACUGCCAUUUCUGCGGUUUGAGAGAGACGCAUCUUGGUAAAAUGAUGGGAGAGUCUUGGUUAAACGCGCACGAGCAGUACAGAGACUAUUACGCGGCGCUAUACGUCAAAGAAAGCUGGGGAAAGCUCUUGUCUCUACUCAACAACAAAGCUCAAACCGUUUCAUCGUCGUCUAAACGAGCCCGUGAAUCGAUUAAACGAACAUUACAAGCUUUUGGUAAAGGCUUUGAUGAGAUCUACACAAAGCAAACAAAUUGGAUUGUUGAGGAUGAAAAGUUGAGAUGGAAGAUACGUCAAGCAAUGGUAAGAACCGUUGUUCCAAGGUACAAGAGUUACCUUCAAAGUUACAUAAUGCUUCUAGUCGAAGAAGAUACGACUUCUUCGAGUCCCGGUAAGGAUUUAAACUAUACUCCAAAGGGUUUAGAGAUGAAGCUUAAGACAAUGUUUCAGAAAAGAGAAGAAGAAACAGAGAAGAGGUAUAAGGAUUCCCACUUUGUGAACAAAGUGAUGGAUUCUCAUUUGACAUUAGAAGCUAUAUGA